AUGGCCGGGGUGCAAGCUGCGGACCCGACGAAGGCCAAAGUGCACGUGCUGCUCGAUGAGGCCUGGACGAAGAUCAACGCCACUUUCUUCAAGGAGAUGCUGCUGGCGUUCAGCAGCGAGGCCAUGAUGGACUUUCUCGAGCAACCGGUGUCGUGCCGCGACCGGGAGAUGGAGCACAACUACGGCGAGGCCUACUUGAUUCUGACCCCCAAGCCGUUGUGCGGAAAUGAGGGCCGCGACCUGCCCUCGACUACCGCAUCUCCGACGCCGAAAUCCAAGGCCUUCCACGAGCGGGAACUCGCAUUUAAAUCGCGCUCCAUGUACAAACGCUAUGCCGAGGAAGCCGAUAUCGAAACGCCCAAGGCCGACGGCACUUCCACAUGGCUGAUGGUGGCUGGCCCGACAUUCUACUCUAUCAACGACUUGAAGCCGCACACCGGCCUCAAGCCCGAAGUCGUCGUCGCCGAGAUGCUUAUGGAGCUGCGCAAGUUCCGCGACCAGUACCAUCCCCAGCUGCUGCCCGAUCUCAACACCAAGGGCGAGCUGAAGCACGGGCUCACCUACAAACAAUGCAUCGAGAUGUGGGCGUUGACGAUCAUCUUUGUCUUCGUCAUCCUGAUCCUCGUCGUCGCCCUCACCUUCUACCUGAAGUGGCGCGAUACCAAGGUGAAGCUGGUCGAAGCGAUGCGCAAGAUGCGCCAAGAGAGCAAAUCCCGUGCUGACGCCGCUCGACGCGCCGACCAAGCUAAGCUCAAGCCGGCCGCAAAGAAGGAGGGCGACAGCGAAAAGAAGUCGACCAGCGAGAAGAAGAGCGACAGCAAGAGCCAGAGCCAGAAGAAGGACUCGAGCGCCUCGUCGGCGUCGACCGCCAAGAAGAGCGGCUCCAAGGAUAAGGUGCAGCAGCCAGACCGCUCCGAUCGCUCGGCGCCCAGGAAGUCGCACCACCGCCGCCGUCCUCCAGGCCACGGUACCCACCUCAGCGACAAGGCAUCGGUUCGUGAACUUUCCAUUUCGAAAAAAUGUCAAAAAGAAAAUUUUUUCCCCAUGACGAUCGCCGGAGUUUUAACAUUACAGUCGCAUACACACGAGGAGAUCAGCAAAGAGAUUCAGGCCGAGGACACGCGCAGCAAGCGGACGAUUGGCGAGCGCAUCAAAGACCCCAUCACCGCCCCCGAGUUCCAAGACAUCAUGCACAAGCUGGGUGACUUUGUCUUCACCCAAUUCGCCAGCCCCGACUUCUACGAGGUCACCACGGCGAACCAGCCCGGCUUCUUGCUGAGCGCGCUGCCAGCCACCGCUCCAGAGAACCCCAACGACUACGACAACGUCGAGGCCGACGUGACGGGGUUGUUGCUGAGGGCGGAACCUCCCCUGGAAUUAGUAAAACGAACGCACUUGCAGAUAACCCACUAUCAACAUCCGCGCUAUCACGGCAACCCGUCCAGCGGCCAAGCCUACAGCACGGUCAUCGCCGAGACGAUGGCCGCCGGCGUGGCCCAGGGCGACGACGCCGACGAAAUGGCGGGGCGCAAGCAGCUCGAGAUGUGCGUCGUCAACUGGUACGGCCGCGCUCUCGGGCUGCCCGAGUCGUUCCUCUUCCAGGGGAACGUCAAAGAUUCUCCGGGCGGCGGCACCAUCAUGCCGAACGCGUCCGACGCGCUGCACAACGCAAUGUUGGCGGCGCGCAACUGGAAGCUGGCUCAGCUCCAGCAGGCCUACAAGGCCGCCGGCGAGAAGAAGGAGGUUGGCGUCGACCAGGCCAACCGCCUCGUCGUCUACGGCAACCGCACGCGUUGCUGCUUCGCCAAGGUGACGGGCGCGACGGGGAUGCGCAUGCGCCAGAUGGCGCCCGGCGUCAACAAGGACUACGUCCUCGGCGCCGAAGAGCUCGAGGAGCAGAUCCAGAAGGAUCUCGCCGAGGGUCUGAUCCCCACCUUUGUGCUGUGCAACUACGGCACCGUCGUCAGCACGUCUUGCGACGACAUCAAGGGGCUCGCCGCGGUGGCCAACAAAUACAACAUGUGGCUACACGUCGACGCCUCUUCGUGGGGCGUGGCCUGGGUGGAGCCGAAUUUCCGCGACGGCACCGAGGGCCUGGAAGAGGCGACAUCGGUGUGCGUGAACGCGCCGCGUGCCUUCAUGAAGAACUCGUCGCCGGCCGUCUACUGGACGCGCGACCAGCGCCAACACCGCGCUGCCUUCGCCGGUCCGCUCGGCUUCUCGUGGACGCUCCACCGCUACACGGCGUUCCACGGUCUGAAGCUCUGGGUGGAGAUGCGGCUCUACGGACUUGCCGGGCUGAGGUCCCAAGUCAACAACCUGGUCAGCCUGACCGCCAAGAUGGAGAAGAUGGUGCUGCAGCAGUGCCCACAGCUCCGGAAACUGCCGUGGGACACCAAGGCCAAGGGCAAGCUCGCCUUCCUCCUCCAAUACCACGACCCGAAUCACUCGGUCGAGGAGCGCAACCAGCACACAGCCGUCCUGGCCGCCCACAUCAACCGCAGCCGCCAGCUAUACGUCGCCACCGGCACGUUUGACGGCCACACCUUCAUCGCCAUCGCCGUCGCCCACGAGCGGGCCACGGAGGACGAGGUGCGCACGUCGGUCGAGCUGCUCGCCGCGUGCGUCAAGGAGUUCACCGAGAAGCGCGAGAAGCUCAUGAAGAAGCCGUCCGAGACGGUCGUCAACAUGUCGUCCGAGCCGAUCGCCGUCGCCGUCGCCCCGUCCAAGCUCGCCAUCAAGGACGCGGGCCCGCCGAAGCCGCUCGUCACCAAGGAGCGCAUCCCGCUGGAGGUACUCAAGCACUGCGGCAUCGACAUGGCCGCCCUCGAGAAGGCCUACGAGGACACGCGCACCGCCAAGGAGCAGCCGGCCCCGGCUUCGCCUCUCAAGCUGCGCGAGCAGCCCUCCAAUGUGACUGCAAUGCCACCGCUGCAGCCCCGCACGACGUUCAGCGCCCCUGGCGGCGUGGCCACGACGCCUGAAGUCCAGACGGCCCCGCUGCCGUACGCCGGCGUGAUCAGCACCGCCACCACCCCCACCGCAACAGCAGCCUCGCCAGUUGUUCAGGCCUCGCUGCCUCAUGCCACCUCAUCGGACAACGUGGCCACCGCAAAAUCCUCGGCCGCCUCAGCUCGCGAGCUG